GACGAGGACGAGGACGAGGUUCCUUUAGAGGAGGCUCCUUCAGAGGACGCAAGAAGCUGGGCAGAGGAAGACAGCACACCAAUGGUGGUUUUGGCAGAAGCACUAGCAGCUUUGCUGAGUUGGACGACUUUGAUCCCCAGAUGAGCAGCGUAUUUCCCACGAUGAACAACCCCAUUACAUUUGCUGCUCCUACUUCUUUGAUGCAAGAGGCAAUAAACACAAGAAAGAGAUACAGUCGAUACAACAGCGAGUCGAAUCAUCCUAAAAACUACAGAUCAAGGCCAAUUGAGUUUAUCAAAAGCGUUGAAGUUUACAAUCCCUCGGAUUUGACUAAAAAUUUGGAAACAUUGAAACAAAAUAAAAUAGAAAUUGUGACUGGCGACAUAAGUAACAAUAAGAUGGAUAUAGACACCAUUGAUAUUAUACUCAAUACCAAUAUUGACAAUUGUAUUGAUAAUCAUGUCGAUAAUGAACCAGAAGAAUUGCCUGAUAUCCAGUUUGAAUCCAAGUCUUACUACUUAGAAAGCCAAAGCCAACAUCAAAAUCAAAUCAUUGAUAUAGAAACUGAUAAAACAGUGACAGAAAAAACAAAUUCAUUACAUAUUUCUGAAGCUACUCAACUCACCCAAGUUACUCAAAUUAAUCAAGUAACCCAAGUUACUCGUAUUGAUCAAAAUUUCGAACAACAAGAUGCUUUUAUUAACGGCAAAGCCAUUCAUAAAGUAGAUAAUAGAGUAAAUGAUAAAGCUAAAAAAACUGAAACCAAAGAAAACAAAAUAUUGAUUGAUUCCUCAUUAUCAAUGGUUCCUGAUGAAAGCUUGUUUUUUGUUGAUAACACAGGUGAUGAAGUAUUAAUAAUAAACGAAAUUAAUAAAGUUGAUGAUAAUGAAAAUUUAAUUAAUAUUGAUGACAAUAUACCCACUAACAGUAUCCAACAAAAUAUUAAACAGACUAAUAACAAGCCUAUUAUUAAACCAAAAUUUUCAAAUAUUGAAUUCAAUUCAGAACUAAAAAUUGGAAAAGUUUUGAUGAAAAUUGAUAAUAAUAUUAGCAAUAAUAACGGUAUUAAUUCAUAUGAAGUCUCUUUGCCAAAAAUUAAAACUAAAAAUAAAAGUAAAAGGCAUAAAAAUAAAAUAUCAUUUGAUUUUAAUAUACUUGAUAAUUUUAGUGAAGAUGAUAUAAAUGAUGAAUCGGAACUAGAAAACCAAAUUUAUGACGAUUAUAUAAAUAAUAUUAACUCAAAUAACAUGACUCGUGAAAUUAAUGGUUCUAAUAAUGUUCGCAAACAAAUUUUAGCUUUAUCAAUUGGCGAUCCAAAUGAUAAAAUCAAUUUAAAAAUGACUGAAACCGAUAAUAGUAUUGAUAUUGAGAAUGAUCCAGAAUUUGGAUUUUUACCUGAAGAUUAUACUGCUUUUGAUUUUACAAAUUUGGAAAUUACAAACAUUCGUUUUGGUUCUGACCUAGAUCAAUAUUAUAUACAAACCUUUCCUCUAAAUGGUGUUGAGGGAUUCUAUUGGUAUCCAACACAUCUUCUAGAAGAACUUUUGAUAGAAAAGGGAUUACCGUCUCAUAGAGUCAAUGCUUAUUUUAGAUAUGUUAAAGAAAGUCUUUUUCCACCUGAAGAACUUGGUAAUGGUAUGGAUGAUGACGAGAAAAAUUUUCAAGUUGGAUUUUAUAGUGAUAAAGAGAAUGAAAAUGAAAAUGAAAACGAAAAUAAAAACGAAAAUGACUAUGGCAAUGCUUAUGAUAAUCUUGAUGAUGAUGUAUAUCCAGAUGAUACUGAUGAUGAAGGGGGAUUAGCAGAAAUGAUUAGAUUUAGUAAAAAUCAAAACUUCAAAAAUUUGGAUAUUGAUGUAAAUACAAAUUUUUCUCUAAGAACUAAGGGUAAAGGCAAAAAGAAAACUUUGGAUUUGGAUCAUAUCACAAAUGAAACUCAGAAGGAAGAGUUAUUAAAACAGUACUUUGCAAGAAAAAGAAGCAAAAUAGAAAAAAAAAAAGAGAAAGAGCUAGAAAAACAAAAAAACCAGGAGAAUUACGACCCAUUGAAGAAAGAAAAAUAUCUUUGGCACAUAAAAGAAAUACGAGAUGAAUUUGAAAAAUUCCUUGCAGGGAAUAAAGCGACUUUGUCUUUUCCUCCUUUUGAUCCUCAUGGUUUGAAAGUUGUGAUAAAGAUAGCCGAAUGCUAUAAUUUGAAAUCUCGCAAAGUCGGAAGAGGACUUGAGACUCAUGUUUGUGUACAAAAAUCAAAACUGACCUACAGAUACACCCCAGAUUACAACAAAAUUGGACAAUUGCUCCACCAAAGAAGAGCAUUUAACAGAAUAGACGGAGCAGGAAAGGCAAAGGAAAGACUAGAGAGAGAGAAAAAACCCAAACCUGGGUUUGUCUAUAAAAAUGGUGAAGUUGUUGGUGAAAAUGCACCAGCAAUCGGCGAUGCCAAUAUUGGCAAACAGUUACUUCUCAAACUAGGCUGGAGUGAAGGAGAAGGUUUGGGCGUGAUAGGCAACAAGGGGAUAUUCGAGCCAAUCCAGGCGACCUUCAAGAAGAACAAGAUUGGAAUCCAGUGAGCCUGAGCCAUUUCAUUCUCUUCUAUUAGAUCGCUAUUAUCUCCUUAUCUGGACCUUAGGGCUGGAGUAGGGCUCCAACUGGAGGUUUGGAAAAUAAACACCACUUUUUUCAAAACU